UUUGAUGAAGACUUUGGCGACAAGGAGUGGCCAUUCAGCGACAAAGGGGGAGUUGACGAAAUCCCAGUUCCGACGGGAACUGCGUGUGGCAAGAUCAGCGCCAUCUUGGGAAGAGCGAGCGAGCACUCUGGCGAUUUCUCCUUCGGAGGACAAGCUGACCAAUUGCCUGUGGUUCCCGGCAUGUUUGUGGAUGGGGUGGGGCCAGUUCCAGUCCCUUUGUGGGAGGAGAGAGCCCAUAGGAUUAUUGAGAAGUGCACCGAGUCUCCGUUCGGCCACAACAUGGACACCAAAAUGGACGAGAAUGUACGAAAGAGCUGGGAGUUGCAGCCUGACCAAGUGAAGUUCAAGAAUCCGCUGUGGAAGGCAGGGAUUGAGAAGAUGGCGGUGACUAUUGCUGAGCGACUGGGGUACAAGGAUAUUCCGUUGCAGUGUGUAUUGUACAAGUUGCUGGUGUAUGGAGAAGGGGGCCACUUUUUGAAGCACCAGGACACCGAGAAGGAGGAUGGCAUGAUCGCGACGUUGAUUGUGCAGCCUCCGAGCUUGCACGAAGGAGGAGACUUAGUGGUGUAUCGGAACGGGGAGGUGAAGCACCGCCAUGAUUUUGGAAAAGCUGAUGGAACAGCAACGUAUUUGCCCCAUUACGCUGUCCAUUACGCCGACGCAGAGCAUGCACUAGAGAGGGUAACGAAGGGGUACCGUCUCGCAUUGGUAUACUCGGUUUGCUUACCAGUAAACAUGCGGCACUUGGAGCGGAACCCAAAUCGACCGAUGAGUGGAGAACUAGCAGAAACCAUCGAGACAAUGGCGUCAGGAGACGACAAUUUCGCGCUGUUCUUGGUCCACGAGUAUACGAAACAUAGUAUUGCGGGGCUUGGGGCAAGUGCACUGAAGGGCGUCGACCGCGCGAGAUUUCUGGCACUGGAUGAAGCAAAUAAUUCAAUUUCUGCCGAGAAGAAGCUGCAAUUUCAAAUCGUCAAAUUAUAUCACCAUGUCAACUUUUACGGCAGGUUUGGAGCUAUUGGCGAUUGGGACGAAAACGGCCGUGAAGAGAACGUGACUUGGUACUCAACUCGCGGGGAAUGUCUUGGCAAUGGCGACAAGGUGAAGCUAAAGCUCAACUUUCUCAAUCCAAAUACUGAAACCCGGUCUCAAUUCUGGCAAAAGCCUUACGGAAGCAGUGACAUGCACAGCUACACGGGCAACGAAGGACCGACAAAAGACAGCAUCUACUCCCGAUUCGCUGUCGUCGCGUGGCCCGAAUUGGAGAGUUUGGAAUUUACAUGCAGAUUUAUCAGCGUGGAAACUGCCUUUAUGGCGCUGCAAGAGCGGGUGCCGGUCGGUACAGCUAGGCUGCAGAGACUAAUUGAGAUUGCGAACACAAAGUUGGAGGACAUGGAAACAUAUCGACUGGAGUACUCACGCAGAGGAUACUCGGACCAGCUGCAGCCUUUUUUCCUAUCGACUUGCGUCUGUCAAGUGCUAUGUCGACAAUUGGAGAGUUGUGGUACGUCGAGGUUGGUGAACUUCUUCUUCAGGAGUAUGUUAUUUAGCAGAGUGACUCAUAAAGGAGGCCUUGCCUCGGAUAUUGCCAAACUGGUGCAGAAAUUCAGCUGGGCAGACGUUGGUAAAUCGAUUUUGGAUGCCUUGACUAGCAACAGCGAGAACCCCAACGCUGUUGACGACGUGCUGGCGGUUGUCAACGCUUUCGACCGUGAAGAACCUCAACGAGAUCUGUUAGCACUGGCAGUGAAGGGAGCCGUGGGGCUUAAAGAUGGCAGGUUGGUUUCGUUGAUACCGCUCCGGGAACUCUGGGAAUUAAUUCUCAGCCGCGGCAAUGACGCUAUGCUCUACACGCUAUCCUGCAAGUUCCAACAAAUGAGCCCGCGGUUGCUAAACCCAGUCAUCAAAAUACUUUCGCGCUAUCUCGAAGUCGGUAGUUUCCCCGAUGACAAGAAAGCUCUGUUUGUGGCGAUUAUAUCUGGCCGCGUAGAGUGGCUGAAGGACCAGAUUCGUGUGUUAGAGAAGCCGUUCUCGUGGACGAUGCCGGUGGCGGAGUUCCGCAAGUCCGUUGAAAUUGAAAAGUUUCUCCGUGGUCCUGAAGAGACAAUGACUACGACUGGGAUUAUCAACUUUGGUAGCUCGUGGAGUGCGCAGAUGUUUUGUUCAAAGCACGCCGGGUACCGCGCAAGGGCGACUCAGAUCAAUGCUUCCUUCGGAAUGAGUGGUGGUGGCGGUGAGCGCGAUCCGUUCGUGGAGAUCACGAAGACACGCGCGUGGUACGACGAGAACCAAGAGAAUCUGCCGCGUUUGAAGGAAGAGCUGGGCGAGUUGACGAAG